AUGAAUAAUACUCCAUUAAAAGGGAAAGAAAGCAAUCCAAACUAUGAUCCGGGACAGAGUCCUCACGAAAUGGCAGCAACGAUUACACAUUUAAAUAACCAGAUCAGCAAUCUUACUAGUGAAAUCGCUACCCUCAUGGAAAUUAUUUCAAAAUUGGAGAAAACAAUUGAGAGUUUGAAUCAAAAAAUAAUGGUCUUAGAAGUUCAAUUGCAACUCGAAAAAGAACGUCGAUUAAAAGACUCGGACAGUUCAAAUUCACCUCCAGCUGUUAAAGAUUAG